GUGUCCCUCACGUGACCAGGAGCUGACGUUUGUAGCCAUCUCUGUCCUGCAGGUUCCAGCUCCUUGUGUCCGUGGAGGAAGACAGAUUUCAAUCGGAGGGGCAGAGGAGCGACUACCCUAUAACCCUGCAGGUCUGCGGGUCUGUGGUUGUAAGCACCUACCUAGACAAGAAAAGGAAAGACCUGCAGGAUCAGUAAAGACAGGAAAAGGAGGGAAAGUCUCAACAUGGAAAAGAUCUACAAAGAAAAUGAAGGAAAGCCAGAAAAUGAAGGAAACCUAGAAAAUGAGGGAAAGCCAGAAGUUGAAGUAGAGCCUGAAGAUGAAGGAAAGUCAGUGUAUGAUGAAAUGCCUCACAUAAAGUGGAAUCCAGGACACAGAAAGCGCCAGGUUGAGGGACAGGCAGUUGGUGAGGGACAAUCAGAUGAAGGAAAGCAAGGAAAACAGGGCAAGUUCAAGGAUGAGGGAAAAAGACACGGUGAGGGUGAGCCAGACUUCCAGGAAAAGCCAGGGAGUGAGCCAUGGGCAGCAGAAAAGCACCCGGCCGAAGAUCGUGUGUCCCGGAAAGCAAAAAGAAAAUCGGACCGGGGGAUGGAGGAUUUCUCCAGAGACUUUCAGGAGAACUUACAGGAGAGGCAUUUGGACAGUGAUGAGAUGCAAGAGUGUGGAGAAUUGUCAAGGGCUCAGGAAGACCUAAGGAAAAAGCAGAAAGUGGGUGGUUUUCAUUGGAUGCAACGAGAUGUGCAGGAUUCUUUUGCCCAAGGGGCCAACCGAGUGUCAGGGGAGUGAGGGGCGGAGGUAAGGGUCAGACUUAGAAGGAUUUCCAUAUGCUUAAUGCCUUUGGCCUUGAAUUCUGAUUUCUCUGAUGAGAAUAUUGUAGACCCUGCUUACCCUGGCAAGCAUUUGCUAGGCUAUGUGCUUUACCUUAUGCUGAUACUUUGCUUUAGGUGUCACUCUUGUUACCAGCAGUCUUUUGAUCCAGCUAGAAUGCAUGGGAGAGAUGUUUGUGAUACUUUGUAAAAUAUUAAUUUUUUUAAAACAACAGUUCUUAGAACUGCAUAUGCAGCAUCAGCCCGAUUUUCAGACAAAACUAAAUUUGGUUACAUAACACAUCCAUGCAUAUGGAAAAUUAUGGAACUGGGUAGACUAAAAGAAAUAAUGGUUUUCUUUGAGUGGUCGAAGUGACGGAAAUUGUUCUUUCUCUGAUAUGUACUUUUUUCUUAAAAAAUUAUUGGGCAGAGAGAUUGCUCAAAGAGCUGGACCUAUUGCUUUGCAUAUUGGAACCCCAGGCUUAAAUCUAGCACCUUUUGGUCCUAUGAGCACCACAGCGUGUGGCCUGCAAACUAAAACUAAACAUACAAAUAAAUAAUAAAACAUCAAAACAGUAAAAUACAUAGCAUAAGUCAAUCAGAUAACUGCUCAAUGAAUUAAUGAAGGCAGUAGAAUCACUUAGAAUUCCUUUGUCAGGUCUUGAAAUGUUAAGUAAAACACAUUUUCUUUAGGAAUCAAAGUUGGAGGAAUCAACCCGGAAGUUAUCACAGAUCCAUUGCUAUAAGGGACAAUCUGUUCUGUGACAUAAGCAUGAAACUUGCCUUCUAUGAUGUAAAGAAGAUCAGGUGAGGUACUGUUUGAGUUGUGUUGGGCUGGCUCCUGUCCUCUCUCCUGUACCACCAGGACCAGUGCCUUGUCAGAUGUUUGGAGGAGAGCUGAGGGAGGUCUCACCCGUGCUCAGGAAUAAGUCCAGAGAGCUGAGAGGUAGGUGCCACUCUCCCCUGGGUAAUGUCAUAUCUGAUGGGCUCUGUUCCAUUUCUCAUUGAUCCUUUACUUUCCUUAGCCCUUCCCUUCCUUCUCCCCCACCCCCUGUCCCCCGCUUUUGCUGAUGGACUAGAGUCCUCAAAAGUAACAAAGAUCUUUGAUUUUUUUGUAAAUUAAACUCUAUUACGUUCCUUGUGGAAUUAUGGAGAAGAGUACUCUUCUCAUCUUAUAAUUUUGUUGCUAUGGACAUGAAAUGUGGAAACUUGCUUUGCAAAAUCUUAAUGUAUUUUUUCAGGAAUCAUAAUUACCCCAUUAGAUCUGCCUAUUUCAAAGCAAACAAUUUACCUUUCUCAUUUUGAUACUCAUGACACACAGUAGAAACUUAAAUCAGUACAUUAAUUAUUAAGUCUGGAGGCCUCAAUUCUUGUUAUAGUCUUUCCCUGAUUAAACACAUAGACUUGAACAUGUAGUUUCAUAUUUUAGCGAGUGAAGCUUGUCUCUCCAGAGGGGAUAUUGCAGGAGAGGAGUUAUACCACAAUCUAUUUCCAAAUAUUUUGACAUUGGAUAUAGUGGUGUUUUUCAAGGUUUGCCAGUCAUUAGCAGACCACCUGGAUCAAAGUCACCUAACUAUUCUGUUUAAAAUACAGAAUCCUUACUCCCAGUUCAAAUGUAAUGUAUCAGAAUCUCUUUUGAUUUGUUUUCACAAUGUGUAUGUGUUUGCACAAACAUGCCUGCAUGUCCUUUGCUUUUAGUUAUUUUUGUCAAAUAGAUAAUAUGCAAACUCUAAAAUCCAACAGUGCAGAAGAUUUUAUUAAACUUCAGUCGGCCUUGCAUUUCAUAUUCUCAUUCUUUUGGGACAACUACCAUAAAUGUUUUCAGUUUCUUCUGAUAUUAACCUUCAUAUUUCUGGAUAAUAUGUUUACCUUGUUGUUUCUUUUAACACUUUUAUUGAAAUGUAAUUACUAUUCUAAAAAAAUCACCAUUUAAAUUGUACAGUUUAUUGGUUUUAGUAACAUUGAGGUUUGAAAUUAUCAUUAUCUCAUUUCAAGAUAUUUUCAUAACCCUAAAAAGAAAGUUCAUACUCAUUAGCACACAGGAUUUCCCGUUCUCUCUCCCAGCACCCAAAAAAUACUAAUCUUUCAAUCUCUUUGAAUUUGCGUAUUUUGGACAUUUCACAUAAAUGCAGUCUUAUAAUAUAUGGUCUCUUGUGUCUUCUUUCAUGUAGCACAGUGUUUCAAAGUUGACUCACGGUGUAGCAUGUAUCAAUACUGAAUAUUUAUGUGCAUAUUUUUGCAUGUAAUUUUUUUCAGUUUUCUUGGGUAUGUACUUACAACCGAAACUGCUGUAUUCCGUGGUAAAUCUGUGUUUGCUUUUCUGAGAAACUGCCAAACUUUUUCAAAGUAGCUGUGAUUGAAAAUCCCAUCACCAGUGAUCAAAAGUUGCAAUUUCUUGUUAACGAUUGUUGUUGCCUAUAUUUUUAUUGUGACCAUCUUUCUGGGUAUGAAGUGGAAUCCCAGAGGAAUUUAAUUUCUUUUUCUUGAAUGGAUGGUGAUGUUAAACAUCUUUUCUUGUGUUUAUUGUCCAUUUGUGAUAUCUUCUUUGGAAAAAUACGUGCAGUAGUGCCUCAUUAUUUAUGAGGGAUGUGAUCCAAGACCCCAAAGGAUGUCUGAAGUCUUGGAAAGUACCAAAAUCUAUUAUACUGUUCUACUUAUACAUUUAUAUCUAUGAUUAAGUUUAAUUUAUAAAUUAGGAACAUUAGGAGGUGAACAACAAUGAUAAUAAAAUAGAGCAUUUAUAGCAAUGUGGUGGCUGUUAAAAUAACUUAUUGUACAUGGUUUUCUACAAGGAACUGAAAUUGUGAAUAGAGAAAUAGUAGAUGAGACAGUACUACUGUAUUCAUUUAUUCAUUUUUAAAAUUUAGCUGGUUGUCUUUAUUGUUGAGUUGUAAUGACUUCUUGUUUAUUCUAGAUCAAGUCAGUGAGAUGUGAGACUUAGCUAACAUUUUUGACUCCUUAACUUUAAUCAUUAUUUAUUGACCUUAUGAUAUAAUAAUUGAAUACCCCAAUACACUGUCAAGUUUGGUAAUGUUAGUAUAACCAGGAAUGAUCUUAAUCUUCAGGAGUGCCACUGAGUAUUACCCUAUAAAAAUGGUAAUUGUAUACUUCUUUCUAAUAUUCCUAUUAUUAUCUUUUCUCAAUAUAGUUUUAUCACAUGUAAUCCAUAUUUUAACAAGCUUAUCAAACAUUCUCUUGCAACUUUGAGGAUCAUUUUUGUAUUUGUCAGGUUAAGCUAAGUUUAUGUUUGUGUACCUAAAAACUCCAAAAUAUUAGCGACAUAACACUAUAAAGGUUUAUAUCUGAAACUUUAUAAGACAUGGGCAGAGUGAGGCUAUGAUACCUAUGCCACAAGUUUCCCAGAAAUUUAGAUUAGUCAUCACGUUGCUGCAUCAAAAAUAAAAGAAUAUUUGGAGAGCUCAUGUUCUUUUAUUUUUUUAGGUUUUGAGUCAAUCCAUUGGUCCUUAGGGUUUACUCCUGGAUUUGUGGAGAGGGAUCACUCCUGACUGAUUAGGAAUCAUCAGGGUGGUACUUGGGAGGCCAUAUCUGGUGCUGGGGAUUGAAAUAAAGUUGGCUUCAUGCAAGACAGGUACCUUAAACUCUGCACUCUCUCUCAAUGUCAUAUUAAUUUUUAUGUACUGGUCUAGAGGUGAUAGAAAGCAUCAUUUUUUUCAGAUGUCUAAAUUCUUUAAUUCUGAUAGACAAUUCUGAGGAAGGGUUUAUGCCCUCUAGUGACUAAGACUCAAAGAAUUUAGGUGGUUUAUGCAAGAUUACAUACUGGUAAGGGAAAAAUUUUACCUCCAAGGUAAUAAGUUUUAUUGAGAGUAUUUAAGGCUUAUCAUAAACCCAAAGAUUUUAAUUGUUGUUUCACUUUAUUGCAUAAUCAAUUUUUAGGGUGUCCUAAUAGUGGUAAUGUUUCUACAGAUGGUGCAUAUAAAGAGCAAAGCUCACAAUGGCAUCUUCUUCCACCAAUGCCUGAAGCAGACAUUUCAAAUGCUAGGGAGAUUGCACAGGGCUCAGAGGUGCAUGCUUUGCAUGUGUGAGCCAGAGAGACUGUACAGUGGGUAGGGCGCUUGCCUUACAUGUGGGCAACUCAGGUUCGAUCCCUGAUACCCCAUAUGGUCUCCUGAGUCCACCAAAAAUGAUCCCUGAGCACAGAACCAAGAGUAAGCCCUGAGUGCAGCUACGUGUGAUCUCAAAACAAAAUCAAAGCAGAUCAACUCAGAGAUUCCUAUUGCUGUGACCAAUGUGUACACUAUGGGGACAGUUGAAAUGACAAGUUAUGAUAACAAAUGAUCUAAUCUGAGUAGCCAUUCAGAUCAGUUAUUGAAUAUUUGAAAUGUAUCCAUGCCUAAUUUCCAAAUAGUGGGAAUCUGUAUUAACAGGAAAGAUGUUAGAAGAGUUUGCUGUUUGGAACAGAUACAAUCUGAGUGGAAAUUAGUCCAAGUUCUGUAUGCAUCAUUCAUAUCAAAACAUGAGUGAUUUCUGUUCAGUGGAAAAAAGUGGUGCACUGUGUUGGAUGAGCUCAUACUCUGAAGGGUCAUAUCAGAUGGUAGCUAUUUGAGUCCAUGCUAUAUAGACAAACCUUGGACUCUAGAUCAGAUUUUGCCAUGAUGGGAGGUAUGGUUUCAAAAUAUAAAGCAUACUAGAGAAGUAAUGGAAAAGAGUGGCUAUCUCAAGAUUUUCUGUAGGAUGAGCUUUGCUACAACUAUAAAUAAUAUACUGGAGAAAUUGCUGAACAUAGACUCUUGGAACAAAAAUAAUACAAAAGUUACUUAUAAAGGUAAUAUAGAAAACAAUAUUUAGAUAAAAAGUCACAUAUAAAAGCUUCUAAAUAGUAAAAUGCUACCCUCUUUCUCUUUCAUUUCUCCCUAUCCCCUCAGACUCAUAGAAAAGGAGAGAAGCACAAGGUAAACUUUGCAAAAUGCAACAAGUAGGGAUAGUGAUAUACUAUGUGUAAUUGUGACAGAGGAGGGAGAAAGCACUUUCAACUUGAGGGGUGUCAGAGGCGAAGUGAUGAAGUCUGGACUCCAAAGAGAACCUGAGAGUAGAAGAAGACAAUCAGGAGAAAUAAAAUUACAUACACUGAUAAAGAGAAAGAAGUAACACUUGGGGCAUAUUGUAUGAAAGUUUCUUUUGGAUGGGGCAGGAAAGUGAAUGAUAAUCUAUAUGUAUGGAUCCUGAAACUCAAUUUUGCUGAAACUUCUCAGGAUGAGGAAAGUAGGACUUACUUUGAGGAUGGUGGAAUUGUCACCAGGGCUUUCAGUCAGAAGAGUGACAACUUCAAAACAUUAUAGACUCACAUGUAAUUUAUUGGUAAUGUUGGAAUUGAAGAGAAAGUCACUGAAGUCUGCUCUAGGUCAGAGAAGGGUUUACUCUAACAGUUCAAGAAACAAAAAAGACCUAAAUCUGUAAACAUGUUUGUAUUGCCCUUUUAAAAAUUACUCAAACAGGGAAUAAGACAGAUGCCUAUUAAAGGGUAUGCAGACAAAUAACAUGCAUAAAAUAGAAUUCUACUCAGCACAAAAGAACAGAAUAAACUAUUGAUAUUUGAAACAACUUAAACAGAUUUCCAGGGCAUUAUUCUCAGAAGUCUGUCUCUAAAUAUGACAUGUAAUAGAUUUCAUUUCUAUAACAUUCUGAAAAAGGUUAAACUAAAGUAAUUGGGAAUAGACCAGUGGUUGCUAGAGUUUCACUGUCACUGUAUCACUGACAAAUCAUCCCGUUGCUCAUUGAUUUGCUCGAGUGGGCACCAGUAACAUCUCCAUUGUGAGACUUGUUACUGUUUUUGGCAUAUCCGAUAUGCCAUGGGUAGCUUGCCAGGCUCUUCUAUGCGGGUGAGAUACUCUCGGUAGCUUGCCGGACUCUCCAAGAGGGGCGGAGAAAUUGAACACUGUUCGGCCGUGUGCAAGGCAAACACCCUACCUUCUGCUCCAGCCCACCAGAGUUUAGAGAAGGGAAUAAAACUAUAGAGGAGUAGCAUGAAUUUGGGGACAGUAGUUAACAUAUAAAUAUAUUAUAUGUGUUUGUGCAUAUUUUUCUUAAUUAAUUUUGAGAUAAUAUUGGUUUAUGAGGCUAUAUAUUUUUAGGUACAGUUUCAAGUAUCUUCAGAUAUUUGUUAGCACAUCAUAACAGUACCAAAGUACUAAUAUUCCUCUUCCACACUUUAUUGGACUCCCUGUACCCCUUCAGCCCACGUCUAUACAUUUUAAAACUUCAUAAUGUAGAUCUGUAAAACAAAAGGGUCUAGUUUUCCAUAUCGUGAAUUUAAAAAUUAUCACAGCUUUCCCCCAUAUGAAAGGGAACUACUAUAGUUAAUAAUUACACUAAUCUUGCAAAUAUAUUUACAAUUAGCUUUUUCCAGUCCUUCCUCUCUCACAGUGGUCUCUAUCGUUGACUGAUAAAUUCCCCAUUCUGAUUACUGAUUUUCAAGCUUGCUCCACUGCCUAGAUUGCUAUUUGAGGCACAACUAAUAUGCCUCAAUGUUUUAGGUUUCAGGUACAUCAGUUUCAUUUAAGAUACUACUUUUACAGGAAAUUUAUAUUUUUACAAAAAUUCUGAUUAUUAAAAAUUAUCCAUAUGUGACUGUCCGCUUUUUUAACGAAAUAAAGUGGAUGAUACCAGCAUAUCUUAAAAAAAACAUGAGUGAACAAAAAUUCUUCCUGCUAAAAAGCCUUACCUGAUGGUAAAUUACAGGCAACUCUCAUUUCUGAGUGUUUCAUCCGUGUAUGAGAAUUAUUUUCCAACAUGUUUCUUUGAGUUCCAAACUGAAAUUUACUCAGGGACAACAGGCUUUUUUGUUCCGAUGGACCCAUCUGGUUAACAAAGCACCGAAUCCUGCAGAAGAAAGGUGGGGUCAAUCUGAAGCUUCCGUUGAAAACCAUGAGAAAGUUUUCAAAAAAUAGUGGAUUGUUCACAUACAAUUACUAGCAAGAGAAAACUGGGUCUGUUUCCAUAGAUUAAUUUGAGAAUCAACUUUUAAAGGUGCUGGUUUGGAAAAAUUAAAGAAGAAUUCCAACAUC